AUGACGAGUGACCAGAUAACUGCCAAUCUGAGAACAGUUAUUAAUGAAGUCAGUAAGCAUAGAGCAUUGAAUUUCGGUCCCUUUGUGGUUCGUGCUUUCCUUCUUAGUUCAAUGAUUGAAGGCCUGCUGCUGAAGAUGGACCGCUUGUUGCCUAAAGAAGCUGAAGCUGAAGAAAAGGACAAAGAAUCUGAAGAAGUUGAAGGGGAUGUAAUCCUGACUGCAGUGGACAGUCUAGUCCCUCAAGACACAGUUGAUAUUCCUUUAGAAUACAGAGUGAUUUCACUGGCGAUUGGUUUGUUUUUCCUGAUGGACGUUCUGCUUCGAGUAUACGUUGAAGGGUUGGUAUCUAUCUUCCGACCUCUGCGGUUUAUUACUCUGUUGAGACUGCUUCAUCUUGUGAACCAGAGGAGACACCUUGAACAAGCCACCAGACGGCUGGUGUCAAGAGAUAGGAAACGAUUCAAGGAAGAAGGAUUUGAUCUUGACUUAAGCUAUAUUACUGAGCACAUUAUUGCCAUGUCAUUUCCUUCCUCUGGCUCACAGUCCUUCUACAGGAACCCUAUAGAGGAGGUGGUCCGGUUCCUGGACACCAAGCACUGUGGCCAUUAUGUCAUAUACAACCUCUGCAGUGAGGAAUCUUAUGAUCCAACAUACUUUCAUGAUAUGGUGAAAGGAAUAAAGAUUGAUGAUCAUAACGUUCCCACCCUUGAGGAAAUUAUUGUGUUUUCCAAAGAAGUCGUGGACUGGUUGGCUAAAGAUGCUGAAAAUGUCAUCGCAAUUCCCUGCAAAGGAGGCAAAGAUAAUAAUGCUUCUAUUUCUGUUCCCCUUUUCUAA